AUGGCGACAGCUGGGGUGGGACUACAUCCAGUACCAGAACCGGUCCAAGCAUCCGCUACCGCACCAGCUCCUAAAACGAAGAGGCAGGUCUCGUCGAUACUGUCGCUAUUCGCCGGCGCAGCAGGAGGAGCAACAGAAGCAGCAGUCACAUAUCCUUUCGAAUUCUCGAAGACGAGAGCCCAGCUACCAGAGUUUCAAGGCGGCCCAAAGCCAGGAGUACUCACAGUCCUUUCCAAAGUUGCCAGAGAAGAUGGAGUGCGAGCCAUCUACACAGGAUGCUCAACACUCGUCGUCGGCACAGCGUUCAAAGCCGGCGUCCGAUUCCUCACAUACGAUUCCAUCAAGAACAUGCUCGCAGAUGAGAAUGGGAAGCUCUCAUUUGGCAGGGGAAUCUUAGCUGGUAUGGGCGCCGGCAGUGUUGAAGCAGUCGUCGCAGUAGCACCGACGGAACGAAUUAAAACAGCUCUUAUCGACGACGCUCGAGGACAACGGAGAUUCCGAGGCGGUCUCCAUGCCGCGAGGGUCCUUGUCAGCGAGCAGGGAGUCUCAGCAUUGUAUCGUGGCCUGGUUUCGACGAUUGCAAAACAGUCGGCCACGUCUGCCACGCGCAUGGGUGCCUACAACGCACUGAAAGAGACUUCCAGUCAAUUCAAUCUUCCGAACAAUGCGGCUAUGACUUUCGUCAAUGGCGCAAUUGCCGGCACUGUCGCGGUGUAUGCUUCGCAGCCGUUUGAUACCAUCAAGACGAGAGCACAAUCGACGCAAGGGUCAACAAUUCGGAACGCAUGUCGAGAUGUCCUUCGCGAACGAGGUCUGACAGGGCUUUGGGCUGGCAGUACGAUGAGGCUAGGAAGACUAGUGCUGAGUGGCGGUAUUGUUUUCUCGGUUUAUGAGGCUGUUGUCGGCGCGUUUGCAUAA